AUGACACUGUUUUAUUUGCACUAGGUUGUUUGCACUUUUAUAACGUCUAACUUGUUUCUUGUCUAAUGUUUGAAUAACACAUUAUAUAUUGCUGUUCAAAUUUAGCUAAUCCUAAUUCAUAAAAUAGCAAUUUCAACUGAGUGAAUUUGUCUUUUAAAAUUCUAAUUUGCAGUCUGAAACAUAUAGCGAUGAACUUAACUGAACUUGCUGUUUGAAAGUCUGAAACUGCGGAAUCUAAGAACUUAACUGAACUGAACUUGCUGUUUAAAGGUCUGAAACAUAUAGCGAUGAACUUAACUGAACUGAGCUGAUAUGUAUUGUUCAAAGUUCUGUCACUCUGUAUCUUCUUAUUCUUUCAUAAAUAUCAUCAGCCUCUGAUAUCUGUUUAGCAAAGACUGAAUCUCAGUACCAGAAUCUAAGAACACCUAAUUGUAUGCACCUAGAACUCAUGCAAAAAAAAAUAUGCAUACUCCAUUGAAGCCUUGACUUUCAACAGGUUUUUUGCUGUAACAUUUAUGCAUGUUUGGCUUCUUGUACUUGUGUUUAAAAGAUUGUUUCCAAGAUAUUGAAGUGCUAAAGUAUGCCUGCUUUUGUUUUGUGUUUUUUCUUCUUCUGAAUAUGACUCAAUUUCUGAUCGUACCUACACAAGGGCAUAAGGAUGACUUCAACGGUGGAUGCUGCUGUAAGGAAAGGCCCUAUUGUCUUAACAAGGACGGAAAGUAUAACCGAAUACAUAAACAAGGGUGGACAACCCAGAUCUGGUACUCAAGGACAAUCCGACACUCCAGUGUCAGCUAAUGACAUGUGUGCCCUGGAUGAAUGGCCAUCCCAUGCUCGCCGCUAUCGUGUGCAACUACAGGAUGAAGCAGAUGGACAGAAGAAGAAGAAAGGACAAGGUGUUGUAAAAGGUGUUAAAGCAGUUCAGAAGCGUUUUGCCAACGGAUCUGCGAAGCUAAAUAUUACAUUCUCUGAAACGUUGGGUGGUAAGAUAGGAAUGAACUAUCGCUCAUUCAAGGAUGACGUGGUAGUGAUAAUGAAAAGGAAGGUACCACUCAUUGGGGUGAGGAGGUGGUCCGACAUUCACCCAAGUGUGCAUCGACUCAUUGUCGCAGAUGUGAUAGACAGAUGGGACCUAGAAGAUACACCGGAAACUGAAGAGAAAAUUCUCAGAAUUGCGCAAGAGCGAUAUAGAGGCUGGCGAUCAACUCUAAGCUCCACUUACAAGGCAUUCAAAACAGAUGAUGCUAGAUUGGCUAAUGUUCCGGAAGACUUACAACCAGAAGAGUGGGAAUGGAUGAUCAACUACUUCGGCAAUGAUGAAAAAUUCCAGGCACGCAGCCAAGUGAACUCCGAUAAUCGCAAGAAACAGAAAACAAAACAUAGAGUUGGAUCAAAAUCGUAUGCCCAACUAAGUUUUGAGAAGAGAAACUUGGAAACUGGAGAAGAGCCGGAUUGUGUUGCUCUAUGGGAACUCACACACACGAAGAAUGGAACAUGGUCUAACCCAGAGUCCCAGGAAGUUUAUGACAAAGCACGUGAAGCGGUGCAAAACAAAGAAACUGAAACAAAAGGUCCACUAUCAACUGAGCAGAGAAACAAUGUUUUUCAGACUGCAUAUAAAGACACAGUUCAAUGCAAGUCAUCGCAGCCUCGUGGCUACGGGUACAAGGCCAAGCCCAAAACUGGUUCUGAAAGAUUGCGGAUGCAGAUUGAGGACCAAGCUCGUUCAAAUGGAUUCAUCAUGGAGAACGCCAUGUUAUGCAGCUCAAUGAGGUGUACCUCAAGAAAUUCUCGGUGCUCCACAAAUUCUGAUCCAGCUCUAGGUUGUCUCCCUGGUAUUACAAGCAGAAGAUCCAUGGGAGGUUGGGGUCAACCUUACUCUGAGACCAUGUAUGUAUGCGCCUGUGCACGCAAGGAACGAGAUAAGCUGGAAUCAAUGGCAGCGCAGGGUCCCAUACACUACACGAACCGAGGGGCACCAGAGACCUGA